GAAUUACACCGACUCCUCCUUUGUCUCAAACCCUCCCUGGUUUCCUUUUACGCCGCCUUGUUAUUUAUUUAUUUCCUUUUAAUUUAAGGGGUAUAUUUUAUAUAUCCGUCUUUUUCAGCAAGUGAAUGACAGUCGGCUCUGAUACAUAUAUGCCUAAGAGCAAAGCCCCGAAAAUGGACGACCUGGACUACAUCCCGGCUGAUCUGAGCCCAGAGGAGCGAGCGGAGCUGGAGGAGAUCCGGCGGAGGAAAGGUGCGCUGCUGCUGGAGAUCCAGAGGCUGCGUGAAGAGCUGCGAGAGGCCAUGAUGGAGGUGGAAGGGCUGGAGAACAGCACAGAGGGCAGCAAAACGCUCCAGAAGAGUCGGCAUGUGGCGAUGGGGAGAAAGAAAUUCAACAUGGACCCCAAAAAGGGUAUUGCGUUCCUGGUGGACAACGAGCUGCUGCGUCACACUCCAGAGGAAAUCGCUCAGUUCCUAUAUAAAGGGGAGGGGCUUAACAAAACGGCCAUCGGAGACUACCUGGGCGAGAGAGAUGAGUUCAACAUUCGUGUUCUGCAGGCAUUUGUUGACCUCCAUGAAUUUACAGAUCUCAACCUGGUUCAGGCUCUCAGGCAGUUCCUGUGGAGCUUCCGUUUGCCAGGCGAAGCCCAGAAGAUUGACAGGAUGAUGGAAGCGUUCGCACAGAGAUACUGUCACUGCAACCCCGGAGUGUUUCAGAGCACUGACACCUGUUACGUGCUGUCGUUUGCCAUCAUCAUGCUGAACACCAGCCUCCACAAUCCCAACGUGCGAGACAAACCCACAGUGGAGCGAUUCAUCAGCAUGAAUCGGGGAAUCAACGAAGGUGGAGACCUGCCUGAGGAUCUGCUUCGAAACUUAUAUGACAGCAUUAAGAACGAGCCGUUCAAAAUCCCAGAGGAUGAUGGGAACGAUCUGACUCACACUUUUUUCAACCCAGACCGAGAGGGCUGGUUGCUUAAACUGGGAGGACGUGUGAAAACAUGGAAAAGGAGAUGGUUUAUUCUGACCGAUAACUGCCUGUAUUAUUUUGAGUACACUACAGAUAAGGAGCCGAGAGGAAUCAUCCCCCUGGAGAACCUGAGCAUUCGGGAAGUCGAGGAUCCGCGCAAACCUAACUGCUUCGAGCUUUACAUCCCCAAUAACCGGGGGCAGCUCAUUAAGGCAUGUAAGACCGAAGCUGACGGACGAGUGGUGGAGGGCAAUCACAUGGUCUACCGAAUCUCUGCCCCGACGCCGGAGGAAAAGGACGAAUGGAUCCACAGCAUCAAGUCGGCAGUGAGCGUGGACCCUUUCUACGAGAUGCUGGCUGCAAGGAAGAAGCGCAUCUCCUUGAAGAAGAAAGAAGAGCAGGCUUAAGACCGUUCUUCUUCUUCUUAUAGUUCUCAUCCCUUCAUCCUUCGUUCAUUCCUCCAUCAUCUACACUUCAUUAUUUAUCCCUCCUCCAAGGACUGUUUACUGGAGGAUGGGGCCACCGUGAGCUUCAGUGUUUCGUUCACUCCUGUGCUUGUGCCCUCCGGCAGAGUGUUCACUACCUUACCCCACUCAGGCUACGCCCCCUUUGUGAGGGAAAAAAACUAGCAGGAAGUGUUGGUCCAGAGCGUACGUACACACUACUGUGUAUGUACACACUACUGCUGUCCGUGUACACUGUUGGGUGAGGAUGGAAGGAUGACCCUAGUUCGUCCUCGUCGCGUCACACGUCCUACUACUGACUUUAUUCGUUACUGUCCGUAAGCGUGCACAUCACCAUUCGUACACACUACUAGUGCUGGACACUACUUUCAAUACACACCACUUAAGUACCUGCUACAAUCCCUCCACACUACUUGUGCUUACUACUGCUGUUCUUCCUGCAGGUCUUCCUCUCUCUCCUUAAGAAGAUACUGUGAACCGAUCUUUUACUGAAACACUGAUACACACCCACAAGUCACUUAUCACACGAGUUUGACAUCAUCAUCAUCGUCAUCAUCAUCAUCGUUAUCUUCUCAUUGUCUUACUUUUAUUCGCUUUCUUUUAAAGACACACAAAGGGACUAGUGUCUAGGGAUUAAGUCGCUCAAGCUUUCUUAUUAACACGCUGGCGCACUGAACGACUUAUAAUGACACCAUAAGAUCAUUAGUAUACUGAGUACUUACAAGAAUAAUAAUAAUUGUGCACUACACUUUAAGGGUAUGAAGUAAUAACUCAUUGACCCUAUGUAUUGUUUUAUUAUUCCCAGCCGAAGGGAUUCGGUUCCCUGCACUACAAAGUAUACAACAAUAACAAUAACAGCUCAUGCACCAACUAAUAUAUUCCCAAAAGAUAGAUCAUUCCCAUUUGGAAUUCAGCUGACUCAUCCCUGCUCAUUAGCUUUAUCAGACAGAAAGCUCAUUGUUAUUUAGGCAGCGUAUCCGCUUCAGACGUAAAUGUCCCGUAGAUAUACGUAGCCGUGAAACAAGCGUCAGUCGCUCCUGCAGGACGCUUUCGUUUUGCUCGGGAUCGUGCCUGUAAAAGGCUUUUGUUUUAUUUUCAUCCAAAGCUGUUGCUGCCAAAUAAUAACCCCACAGGGAUCCAAAAGAAUGCAGAUGGACUCUCUUCCUAUUAAAAAAACAGGAAAUCGGCGCUUCUGGGGCGUGACGACGUUAGCACAGCUCUUUGAAUAGGUCCAUUUAUUCCGAUAUGCGGGAAAGUAAAGGUCUAAAAGUAGAGUUAGGUUUACGCCCUGAUCGCAAGAACAAAGGCAUGCAACAAAAAUCUAGAAGCAGAUUUAAAGCCUAGACACUGGACUGGUUCGUUUAUAGUGAGAACUUUCUAAACAUACCUCUGUGGAGUUAUUUUUCUGUCAAGUAAUCAUAUGGGAAUGUGAGGACGAGUAAUUUUACGCAUUGAAAAUCCUGAAUCUGAUUCGGUUUAGGUUCUUAGUGUAUUUUUUCAUGUGAUACACCACUAGACUCGUGUGUUCACACGUUUACACCACGCGGGGGUGAGAUAAGUUAUACACAAAAAAAUGUAUUUAUGUUUACACAUCGAUCAUGAAACACUUUUACUGAAACAACUCACCAUUGUUACAUUUUGAGCUGUGGGGGCGGGGCCGAGGUACACUGCACACUGCAACUCGCAAACGUUAACGUAAACUACGAGGAUACGUAACAAAACAAACACAAUCAUAACGAAGUGUAAACUGAAGAAGAGAGUUUAGUUCAACUUAAUUUGCAAACGUAACAUAGUAUUCCAACAUCGACUACAAGCGUAAAAUAGCAGUGAAGCAUAAACUACAGACAUAAUGCAGUAAUUAACAAAGUAGAAUGAAAUAAUAAUAACAAGUAAACUACAGACAUGUCCGUGAGGUGCAAACAACAAAAAUAACAGUAAUGAAACUACACACAAAAUGGAUCACAACAAACAAAAUUCUAAAGAAACUGAAAAUACAAGCAUAAAAUUGUAGCAAAAUGUAAACUACAAACCAAAAAAAUAUAUAACAUUGAAACCUCUGAACAAAAAAUUGUAGCAAAGUGUAAACGACGAACACUAAAGUGUAACAAAGCAUAAACUACGAACAUGAAAGUGUAACAAAACGUGAACUACGAACACUAAAGUGUAACAAAGCAUAAACUACGAACAUGAAAGUGUAACAAAACGUGAACUACGAACACUAAAGUGUAACAAAGCAUAAACUACGAACACUAAAGUGUAACAAAACAUAAACUACGAACACUAAAGUGUAACAAAGCGUAAACUACGAACACUAAAGUGUAACAAAGCGUAAACUACGAAAAUUAAAGUGUAACAAAGCGUAAACUACGAACAUGAAAAAAAGACUACGAACAUAAAAUAGUGACGGAAAGUAAAUAACGUACACAACAUCAAUGACAGAAUUGUAAUGAUACGCAAACGGAGAUUAAAAUAUUAAUACAACUACAAACUCGACAUAGUAAUGAAACACAACGUUUGAAAUCAAUACAAAUGAAAUCAAAGCCAUAGGUUGUUUUUUUUAUUUCUUUUUUUUAAUGUAAUUUCCGUGUCACAUUUCCAUACCGUUGCUUUAGGCAGGAAACGGACUCCAUACAUGUCUUAAGCACAUUAGCGUUAGCAUGGGUCGUGUCCGCUGACACGCUAGUUCACUCUGACGUGGGCUAUGAAGGAGUUUUAUGGCAGCUUAACGUAUUACACGUCGUCGUUACCACUUUGUAAAUACAUUUUGUUUUGUUUCAUUUUGUUUCCCGACACGUGUAACGUAAAUAUUAUUGUUUCGUUUCAUUUUUUUAAAAAAUUUAUUGUUUUUUUUAUUUCGAUUAAUAAAUCAUUUUCAUCGUCAUGGACUGGGGAUGCAUGUGUGCCUGCCGAAUCAGAUACGAUCGUAUCGGCUUUGUUCAUAUCAAGAGAUUAUUAUUAGCGCUCCGUAUUUUAUCCGAUUCUACGUACUAAUUUUAGCGUUAGCGAUUACGGUUCU